CCUGGCCGAGUUCUUUUGUCGAAUUUAUUGCGUUCACGAGGUUAAAAAAUUUUAUUCAUUUUUGUUCGAGGGGUUCUCAAAGUGCUUUUCGGGAAAGGAAUACGAGACUUCGUAUAGAUGCCAGCAUGUCUGCUCUACAGUUUUUAGUUCUUGCGGCCCUAAUCCUAUCCAGCGGCGCCACUGAAGAAACUUUGGUGGUCAAAAUUGGUGCCAUUUUUUUCGACACCGAAAUAAAAUUGGCCGAAGCCUUCAGCGUGGCCGUAGAGGAAGUGAAUGCCAUUAGGCCCGCACUGAGAUUGGAACCCAUUAAGCGCUAUAUCACCCUCGACGACAGCAUUGUCCUGCAAGACCUCUCUUGUGACUUGAUUGGAAACGGGGUGGCUGCUAUAUUCGGGCCAAGUUCAAAGACAAACAGCGAUAUCGUGGAAGUUCUUUGCAACAUGACGGGUAUACCGCAUCUGCAGUUCGACUGGCAUCCCCAGCAGUCGGAGAGGGAGCGAAUCAACCGGCAGCUCACCGUGAAUGUGGCCCCAAUGGAACAUCUUCUGUCUGCCGCCUUCCUAGACAUCUUGGCCAGCAAGAGCUUCGACUGGAAGUCCUUUACCAUAGCCUACGAGAAGAGUGCUCACCUCAAUCGUCUGCAGCACAUCUUAGCCUGGAAACAUCUCCAUAAAACGGGAAUCAAGAUGCAGGAAUUCGAACGAGGUAGCGAUUAUAGAAUUCUCUGGAAGCGAAUAAACAACGCCCGUGAGAAGUAUGUUGUUCUUGAGUGUCCCUCCGACAUUUUGACGGACGUAAUAAAUGCUUCCAUUGCAUUCAAUAUGACUGGGCCAUUUAAUCACUUGUUUCUAACGGACUUGAAUACACAUUUGAGUGGCAUUGAUCGAUUCUAUUCCCGGGAUUUUACUGUUUCCGUGAUGGCUGCCAGGAUACGGUCCUAUAUACCUCCUCCGGUCAAUGAUGAGAUUGAUGUAUUCGACAACUCCGUAGACACCAGGUUCUCUUCACUGGAAACCCAGCUUGUCUACGACUCGGUCGUUCUUUUCUACAACGCACUGCUUGAAAUAACUCAACGAUCUGCCUUCUACAGUCCUCAAUUUAGCUGUGGGCGCGGCUUUUGGCAGUCUGGACCACGUAUAGUGGAACAAAUGAAAAAGAUUUCCCCAAAGAGCGCGAUGCCUCCCUUUAAGACUCAACGGCUGCAGAUAAAUUCCGAUGGCCAGCGCGAGGAUUUUAAUCUUGAAGUUUACAACCCUCUAAUCGACCGUGUAACUCAUGUAUGGAGCAAGGAAUUUCAGCUUGUAGACUAUGAAAAACUAAAGGAGAAAUCAACAAAAGCCGUGAAAGAGAGUAGGCCUAAGGGCAAAGAGGAUAUAUGGCAGAAGCCCAUUCGGUAUACAGUGGCUACUCGGUUUGGCGAACCGUACUUCAGUUGGCGUCCGGAACCCGAAGGAGUUCACUACGAGGGAAAUGACCGUUUCAAGGGAUACGCAGUGGACUUAAUUUACAAGUUGGCAGAAGAAUGCAAAUUUGAUUUCAACUUUGAACCGGUCAGGGAUAACAAAUAUGGAAGCUACGACGCUGCCACGGAUGAAUGGGAUGGCAUUAUUCGGGAACUGAUUGAUAAUAAAGCACAAAUCGGCAUCUGCGACUUGACCAUUACUCAGGCGCGUCGGUCGGUGGUGGAUUUCACUGUUCCCUUCAUGCAACUGGGAAUAAGUAUUCUGUCCUACAAACAGCCGCCCCCGGAGCCAAACAUGUACGCCUUCCUUAAUCCAUUUGGAGUGGAAGUUUGGAUAUACGUCAUGAUUGCGAUGAUUAUCACCGCAUAUGCCUUGGUCCUUGCCGGUCGCAUAGACCAAUAUGAGUGGGAGCAGCCAGUGGAAAAUGAGGACCACGAACUGGAGCGCGAGAAUAUCUGGCAUCUGCAUAACGCCAUGUGGCUGGUGCUGGGCUCGAUACUCACUCAAGGCUGCGAUCUUUUGCCCAGGGGAAUGCCCAUGCGUUUAUUGACUGCCUUCUGGUGGAUCUUUGCCCUGCUUAUCUCGCAGACCUACAUAGCCAAGUUGGCUUCCUUUAUUACCUCUGCGAAAAUCGCCGGGAGUAUAGACUCCAUGCACGGUCUCGUUGACCAGAACAAGGUGCAAUUUGGCACUAUUCGUGGAGGGGCUACGUCGGUCUAUUUCUCGGAGUCAAACGACACUGAGAACAGGAUGGCCUGGAACAAGAUGUUGUCCUUUAAGCCGGAUGCCUUUACAAGGAGCAACCAGGAGGGCGUCGACCGUGUGAAGCUGAGCAAAGGAUCCUACGCCUUCCUCAUGGAGACCACCAGUCUGCAGUACUACGUCCAGAGAAACUGCGAACUAACCCAGACGGGGGAGAGUUUCGGAGAAAAGCACUACGGGAUUGCAGUUCCGCUGAAUUCCAACUUCCGUUCCAAUCUCAGCGUGGGAAUCCUCAAGCUCAGUGAGAAGGGCGAGCUCUAUAGACUACGCAACAAAUGGUUUAACAACAAUGAAAGCACUUGCGACGUGGCUGCCUCGACCAGUAAAGCCCAACAGUUCGGCAUGGAUUCGGUUUGGGGCCUCUUUGUGGUCCUGACCCUAGGCGUAUUUGUGGCAUUUAUGAUUGGCGUCGCCGAGUUCUUGUGGCAUGUGCAGCGCAUUGCGGUGAAGAAGAAGAUACCUCCCAUGCUUGCUCUGAAGGCAGAGUUUAGCUUUCUCAUUCGAUUCUGGUUGACCAAAAAGCCUCUUAACACCUAUCGACAGAGUCGCGAUUCAACGUUGACGGGUUAUUCAUCCCUGGAGCAAAUUUCGAGUGUGUCAAGUGCUAAGAGGAAAAAAAAUACCAAGAGGAUUGCGGAUUAAGGAAGUGAAAGUCUUGCGUACAUUCAGUGAAAUAAUAAUAGCUUAGAAUAAGAAUAUUUAAAAUCAGCAGUGGUCUGCCCCAUUUUUCCAUAUUUUAUGGGUUUAAAAGCUUUCUUCCUUAAUCUUAGCUCGUUAUCUUUGAGUUUAGAAAUAAUUAACUAACUGUGGAAAUUUUUUCUGCAUGUAUGCACAAUUUAAGACCAAUAUUAUUGUAAGCAAGAAGAGCUAUUGUACAUAAAAAUGCAGAUACUUAAAGGAUAAUUAUGAUAAUAUACACUAAAUAAAUUGAAUAACAAAGUUCGUUAC